AUGACGGAUUGCAUCAAUGAUGCCGGAAUCUCCACGCUCGUCUUGAUUAACGAUGAGGAAUUCGUAUUGCGAGCGUCGCAAAGUCUAGUACAGUUUGAUAAUUACUCUCAGGUGGCGACAAAUUUCGAGCAGAUUUUCACACUGACGCUGGAACGAGGCCGAAACUCGGACUAUGAUUCACAUGAAGAUGCUUGUAUUCCGAUAAUUGUUUCCCCUCUUUCAACACAUCGGUUUGAGUUAUCAGUAGCUGAUGCUACACUAUCUCCAUUCGAGAGCAUAUUAUAUUUGAACGAGCCACAAAUAUACCGCGUAAAUUUUUUUAUUCCGAAAGCGUCUGAGAGUGAUUACGUGUGGGACAACUUUCAAGACCGAAUUGUCAUUCAUACGAAGUUAAGUAAGCUUGUCAUUCGACUUGAAGCCCGGAAAAGCAAGACGUCACUGCCUUUUCGAUAUAAUCAAGAAAGAAAUACACUGUUUCCAGCCUCUCUACCAGACAUAAAAUCUCCACCGUUGAGACUUUUUGACGACAUCAAGCGGAAAACUUGUUCGAAUCAAGGGCACCAAUCUGAUGGGGUCGAUAGUCAUGCUGGACAAACAUUGAUUGAGAAUGACAAAUCUGACAUUCGACGUAGAGACAGUCGGUCAUUUCUUUCGCGACCGUCACUGUCUACACGUGAUUGUAUCGAAUACUCAUCUUCACCUCCUCCCAUCUUGACUACCAUUCAGUCACAGCAUGAAGCUCAAGCAGUGAUUAUGGCGCUACGAAGACGGCGAAUUACUCAGACCAGAGCUUUGUAUUCAACUAGAAUGUCACCAAAUGCAGACGUGUUGGCUCCAAAGAUGGUCACAUUUGACGCAAGCGUAAUGAUCGAACUAGAGGAGUUUAACGAACUCAUUAACGCUGCAAAGGAUCGAGUGAAGAAGGAUACAGCCUCGGUUAAAAGUGAGUUGGCAUAUUACCAGCAACUACUGCCGAAGCCGUUAUGUCCUCCAGUCAGAGCAUCGAGACCGCGAGAAUCUCGACACCUUUCAGCAACUUUUAAGCGACCAUUAACGUUGUUGCCAGCACUUGUUCGGCCAUCUUCAGGAAAUAUCGUUAAGAAGAUAACUGCGCUAGAUACAAAACGUGCAGUAAAUAACCAAGAGCCAUCACCACCUCAAAACCAUGUUGUGGAACGUCCGAAAUCGAACACUCAGAUUGAUUUUCAAUUACCCUUGAUGAAGGGUUUUUCAAGAUUACCGCAGUAUCAAAUAGCCUUGAAACAACGGAAUGAAGCUCGGAAAGAUGAGUCUGAUGAUUUGAAUCCACAGACGUCAUCACCUUCAAUAUAG